AUGGGUCCCAGGCGACCAGAGCGCCCGGGGCCCAGAACGGUUGAGAUCCUCGUUUGCUGUUUCCAGAGUGAGAGCGAGUGCUGUGCGGCAGAACUCGUGACCGAGGUUCAGGCGCGACUGCCAGUUGUUUGGGGAGUAGUGACAGGCCCCAGGGGGCUGAGGCCAGGGCCCCGCGUGCAAGCCCGCCCAGGCGCCUCGGGAUCCCGGAGUAAGUUCCUACCCUCCGUCGCCUCCCAGCCUCUGCAGACAGCCCUCACCUCCCCAGCGCUGCUGGCCCAGUGCUUCCCACUGCCGCCUCUCCGGCCCCCAAUCUGGGUGCUCCUAGAGCGGCUCUCGGGUUCCCUCGAGGCCGGAAACCGCCUGGGCCCGGACUGGAAUGCCUUGGACCCAGCGGAGGAGGGAGGCGGCCAAACUUUCAGCAGAGCAGAAAGGCAGCGGCGGGCCGAGCUGCUGCCCGGGCCUGCUCAUCUCUCUCCCCCUCUCCCCUUUCCUCCCUCUCCUCCCCGCGCUCCCUCAGGCCGCAUUUUAGAUAUCCCCUGCAAAGUGUGUGGUGACCGCAGCUCCGGGAAGCACUACGGGGUCUACGCCUGCGAUGGCUGCUCUGGGUUCUUCAAGAGGAGCAUCCGAAGGAAUAGGACCUAUGUCUGCAAGUCUGGAAACCAGGGAGGAUGCCCGGUAGACAAGACGCACAGAAACCAGUGCAGGGCGUGUCGACUGAAGAAGUGUUUGGAAGUCAACAUGAACAAAGAUGCCGUGCAGCAUGAGCGGGGUCCUCGGACAUCCACCAUCCGCAAACAGGUGGCCCUCUACUUUCGUGGGCACAAGGAAGACAAUGGGGCCGCUGCACACUUCCCCUCGGCAGCGCUGCCAGCUCCUGCUUUCUUCACUGCCGUCACGCAGCUGGAGCCGCACGGUCUGGAGUUGGCCGCUGUAUCUGCCACCCCUGAACGGCAGACCCUUGUGAGCCUGGCUCAACCCACGCCCAAGUAUCCCCACGAAGUGAACGGGACCCCAAUGUAUCUCUAUGAAGUGGCCACAGAGUCAGUGUGUGAAUCGGCUGCCAGGCUUCUCUUUAUGAGCAUCAAAUGGGCAAAGAGUGUGCCAGCCUUUUCCACAUUGUCUUUGCAAGACCAGCUGAUGCUUUUGGAAGAUGCUUGGAGAGAACUGUUUGUUCUAGGAAUAGCACAAUGGGCCAUUCCGGUUGAUGCUAACACUCUACUGGCUGUAUCUGGCAUGAAUAGUGACAACACAGACUCCCAGAAGCUGAACAAGAUCAUAUCUGAAAUACAGGCUUUGCAGGAGGUGGUGGCUCGGUUCAGACAGCUCCGAUUAGAUGCCACUGAAUUUGCCUGUCUAAAAUGCAUUGUCACUUUCAAAGCUGUUCCCACACACAGCGGUUCUGAACUGAGAAGUUUCCGGAAUGCUGCCGCCAUUGCAGCGCUUCAAGAUGAAGCCCAGCUAACUCUCAACAGCUACAUUCAUACCAGAUACCCCACUCAACCCUGCCGCUUUGGGAAACUCCUGUUGCUUUUACCAGCUUUACGUUCAAUUAGCCCAUCCACCAUAGAAGAAGUGUUUUUCAAAAAAACCAUCGGCAACGUGCCAAUUACAAGACUGCUUUCAGAUAUGUACAAAUCCAGUGACAUCUAAGAUCUCCAGUACUCACUUUCCAAAAUGGGGCAGUAGCAGACGGACUUCUACCACGCCCGACAAAGCCUCAACUAACAGACCCUCCUGGAAGGAGAAACCUGGAAAUGAGUUGCCUUCAGGAAAAAAUGCCAGUGGACAUAAAACAAUAACUGUGACCCACUGCUCCACAGAAGCAGGACAUCUGGUAAAGCAGGUGGUAUAGCGGUCACUGUUGCCAUGCCCUGGAAUGGGUGACCUGGGGCCACCAUAGGCCAAGCCAGCCGUUCUGCCUCUACCCGGAAGAUCCAGCUGAACUAUUCAAAGUUGAAAGACAAGUCCCACUUUCUGUUCCUUUUUAGCACAUCACGUCAGUUGAUCAACAAUAGCUUUGUGUAUCAUCAUACUGCGGCCUUCGGAACUCGGUCGGGUUGGAGCAUUUACUUUAAAAAUAAUGCUUAGGUUUUAAAUCAAAAGUAUUAUCAAAAGUUUCCCUUCUAUCAUAAUACUUCAUUAAGUGGCCUUCAGAACCAAGUGAGUAAGUGAAAUGUAGCUUAUGCUGUGUAAUUCCCCCCCCCCUUUCUGUUCUUUCUUCUUUUCUUAGUAACACAGGCCAGGCAGCCUCGUCAAAGGAACUGAUGACAAAAAGGAAUUUCUCGCCAAGACUUCAGGUUGGAUAGCAUCUCAAACUACAAGAGCUCUCUAGUGAAAGAACCUCGGUUCAGGGAAGAUGAAUCCAAACAGCAAAACCAAAUAAAGUGGGGCCAGGUGACUGGGCGAAGCUGAUCGCUGUCCCAUCAUCACAGUGCUGAAGCCAAAGGCCGCAGGGUCAGCGAGUCACACCAGAUGGUACACGGACAUGCAAGCCAGAAGGAACUUCAAGGAGAUGCAUCUAACUAGGUCCCUGAUCAUUCCAUUGCUAACAGCCUGGGGCUCUUGAAUGCCUUUCAGAGAACUCUGGUCUCUAAUAAAGCCUCGAAUGCACACACACACACACACCAUCCUACACUCUAAGCUGCUCCUUGGGUAAGAGUCUAUACUUAUGGAAAUGUAGAAACAAACAUUUUUAAAUAGCUGCUGUACUUUUCACGUUUUGAUUUAUUAGGUACUAGCACCAAGGGGGACAGAAUUCAGCACUUGGACUAGCAUAGGAUGAGUCAAACUUCUCUUGUACAAAGUGAAUUAACUGAUUUGUGAA